CGCAUGCUCAUUGCAAUUCUGAUUGUUUAAUGAUCUACUCUGGACUAGGAAGACUAACUCUACCUGAUUUGCUCCACUGUACUAGUACUGCUGUACACUGAGGAGUUUAGUAAUUUUGUGGUUAAUGGAUGACCUUCAAACGUGGAGGGCCAGGAUUGGGCUCUACUGUGCUAGAAUGCACAGAACUCACCGUGGCCCAAACAAGAGCUGUGGCCUGGACACUUACUCGACCCACGUGCACGGUAGAAAAUCCCUCAGUGAUGGUGCUAGCGGGGGUGCUUUGUUAGCAAUGAGUCUGCUCAGUAUUGCAAUAGCAAUGUUCUCACUGUUAACUGUGGCAGGAGAUAUUGAGCUGAACCCUGGCCCUGAGAAGGAUACUAAUCCACUUGAAGCUCAAUUGAGUUCAGUUUCACAUCUGCGUGAACUCAAAAACAAAUUGUGGGAUGUAAGAGUGGAAUGGUUUCGGCUUGGAGUGGAGCUUGGAAUUGCGGUACCGGAUCUAGAUGCUAUCAAAGUGAAGCGUAGAGAAGACCCUGAUAACUGCUUCACCGAUAUGCUCUCAGUGUGGCUAAAAAACAGUGAUGCUCCAACAUGGACAGCUAUUCUGAGUGCAUUGAGGACAACUGGUACGAAUCGACGACUUGCAGACAAAAUAGAAACUGAGCUCAAAGAAGGCAGUGACACAACCCAAACCGACAAUGACGAAAUCAGCAGCUCACAACCAGGUCCAGGUGUUCAUUUCAUUUCCUCAUUAAAAGAGAUAGCACAUCUCCCUAUAUGCAACUGGUAUGAAGUGGGGACUGCUUUAAAAUUAGAUCAAUACGACCUUCAGAGCAUUCAACAGAAAAGCACAGGAGACAUGGACGUCUGCAAAAUACAAAUGCUUAAAAAAUGGUUUAACUCAAGCACUCAAGUGACAUAUGAAGAUCUAGUAAAGGUUUUGUUCUCAACUGGCUAUGAAAAUAUGGAGGUUGCUAAAGAAGUUUGCAAGAAUCAAGGUAUUUCUGCGUCAACAAUCAAAGUGCCUCAACCACUAUGUGUGAAGCAAUAUGUCGAAUCUUUAAAAGCUGAGUAUUUAUGUAUGCCUAUUCUGAAAAAAGACCCCUGGCCCCCACCUCCAUGUGAGAAAUACUGUGACCUAAUUUGGGCAAAUUUUACAAAUGAAGGAAUGAAAUUUGGAGAUAACAUUGCUAAAAUGUUCAAAGUAAAUACUGGAAAAUUACGAUUUUUAGUCAAUGGAAUGCCUGGUGUAGGCAAAACUACUUUUUGUAAGCAAAUUGCAAAAGAAUGGGCAAACGGUGAGAUUCUACAAAAUUAUGAUAUAGUGCUGCUUGUUCAACUUAGAGAUCCUCAAAAUUCAGGAGCUAAAGCGUAUGGAGAUUUUUUUUAUCACGAUGAAGAGCGUAUCAAAGAAGAAGUAGUAAAGCACAUAGGUAGACGUUCGGGGAAUGGUGUUCUAUUUAUUUUCGAUGGAUUUGAUGAGCUCAGCAAAAGAGAUAGGAACAAGGGAUCAUUGUUCUUAGAUAUCUUUAAUGGUAAGAAAUUAAAAGAAAGUUCUGUAGUGAUUGCUUCACGUCCAUAUGCAUCACAAAACUUGGAAUUUUCCAAAUAUAUUGAAUUGAUUGGCUUCGAUGAUGACCUCAUUAAAUCAUGCAUUCAAGAAUCAAUUGAAGAUAAAGCAGAGGCUGAACAGCUCCAAAUUAGAAUAAUUGAAAACGAUGAUCUAAAACAUAUGUGUACAGUUCCGAACAACCUCGCCAUCGUGAUAUACAUAUACAAACAGGAGAAGGGGGUGCUGCCUAAUACUUUAACCGGACUUUAUUCCAAUUUUAUCAGCAAUACACUACACAGAAAUGCUCAACAUUUAAAACCUAAAAAACGAGCAAAAUAUGUACGAUCUCUUGAAGAACUGGCAUUCAAAGGACUAUCUGAAGACAAGUUAACAUUUACAGUUGAUGAGAUGAGUGUAGAAGAAGGUUCAACUUUGGGUUUGAUGACAGCUAGUGAAAGUUACAAUAGUAGUGGGCAGAAAAUUGCUUACAACUUUUUGCACCUAACAAUUCAAGAAUAUCUAGCUGCAUGUUGGAUUGCUAACCUUCCAGGAGGGGAACAAGCACAGUUCGUAAGGAAAAACUAUGAUAAUAGCCGAUUCUAUGUAACACUAAUAUUUUUGGCUGGAUCUAGCACUAAAUUAAUAAAUCCAGAGUUUAAUGAAGCUCUACAAUUCAUUUUUGAAAAAGCAUUGAAUGACGUAUACAUUGAUGUUACAAGUAAAAAUAGACUUAAUGACCGAGACAACAAUUCGUGGCCUUUCUAUAACUCUCAAAAUUUAGAAACCUUAUGUUUACUAGUGUCUCUUCUACAUGAAAGGGGGGACUUAUCAGCUAUAGACAGUAAAAAUAUGCUAUCUGAAUCACUUGAUAGGGUACUACUUGUAGACUUGCAACAUAUACCGAGUAAUUACAAACAAAAUUUACUUGGAACUUUCAUAUCAAAGAGUGAGAUAAUGUGGGAAAGAUUAGAAGUAAUAUUUGACAGCACUAAAGGAUAUGAGCAGCUCGUUGAAUUUGCAAAAGAUUCGUAUGGCCAAGUACGCCAAUUGGGCUUGCACGAUUUCUCACUUUUAAACUGCAGCAAUCUGUUAGAAUGUCCAAUGUUUGACAAACUGGAAUAUCUCAGAGUGGAUUCCAUUUUAUACUUCAGAGAAGUUCGUCUUAAUGAUCAAACUCCUAGGUGGGGUGCAGAUAAUAACCCAAAAGAUUGCGAUAAGCUCAAAAAUCUCCUCAAAAAUGGACAACUGAAACACCUUCUUUUACAUCAUAUCACACCACUCGAGGCAGAUUAUAUUAUCAAGCAAUCAGUGACCCCUUAUUUGGCAAAAUGUAUAAGCCUACAAACAUUAUGCUUGCAUUUUGAACGAAAAAUACCGAGUGAGCUUCUACUUGAUCUAUUUCGAGCUAUUCAGUCUAACAGGUCUAUUGUAACCCUCAAUCUUUCAAUUGGGUUUGAUACCCUUGCAAUUGAAACACCAGUCAAUCUGCCACAAGCGAUAAUCAUGAAUAUACCACCAACAUCUAUCUUUAUCAAAGUAAAGGAAAGGCAGAAAAUAGUAAAGGCACUACGCAAAAUGAUUGAGAAAAAUAACUGUGUACAAAAUCUGUCUAUAACGCGAACCGAGUCUAUUCGAGAUAAUGUUUUUCACUGGGCAGAUGACACAUCAAACUUUAUGUCUGCCCUUGCAUUCAAAUCUACAGUAACAAAGCUUACCAUUUCAUGUAAUCUACUUUAUGUUCCUCUAUUGGGAAAUAUACUCAAGCAAAACAAAACACUGACUUCCCUCACGCUGAAUGAAGUCGACUCAAUGUAUAAAGGUGCACUGAAAUCUUCAAGAGGGGUCUUCAUUUUUCUAGCACAGGGGUUGAAACAAAAUACAACUCUAAAGAGGCUGUGCCUUAAUUCCUCAAAGUUUCAUUUUUCUGGUCAAUCUUAUCCAAAGUGUGAACAUUUUGUCGUUGACUACUUAGUUUUUAUGAAUGGAAUCGGAGAAGCAGAAAUAGAUUCAAACAAUCCCUUUUUUCAUUUACUAAAAGCUAUUCGAACCCAUUCAUCUUUAGAAGAGUUAGUAUUUGACUAUUACUCAGACCUUCAACAAUUAAAACUUCCGCAGUUACCUAAAGAAGUCCAACAAUUUUGUUUAUUCUCUGACAAAAAUCAGAAAGCUUUGUUUGACCUACUUCUACACAAUAAGUGCUUAAAAUCACUCACUAUCUCAGGAUAUAAUUUUACUGAGGAACAACUAGGGCAAGCAGCACGAGCUCUAGUUCUCAAUGGCCGUCGAACACAUUUGUAUAUGAUGCUAACAGAGAAUUUAAGUAAAGAUGAUACUAAAAUGGACGACUUAGUUAUCCAAGAUGAUGGUAGUGAGAUUCCACAUUCGGAUGCAAUACGAGCUCUAGCUAUGCUCGAUCGAACCAAAGCAAGUAUUGAUUAUGAUCCCCAGUUACUAAAG